UGAUUCCAAACAACAACAGCGUGCAGGCUCAUAAAUGCUUCAGAAUUGACCAAGAGGAAGCACGUUUCGUGAUGACACAAUCUUGUUGCUGUAGUCAUUCAUCGAAGGGAAACUCCCACAGGAAAAGGCAUAAAGCUGCUCAGGGAAGGCGAAGAGGCUGCUCAGUGCUAGACAGCCAAACCUGGGGUUCGAUUCACACAGAGCUAAGCAUGAGCACCAGCCAAGGCCCUUUCCAGUUUUUUUCUGGGUCCCUCAGGGGUAGUUCAGGAUGUGGUUUGGCCCAGCAAGGAACUUCUUACAGAGCGUCAAGUGCAGAUGGUGGUGCCAGCAGCACACAUCCCUCCUUCUCCUCCGCCAGACCCUUCUGGCUGGCUGCAGGAGGGGCACCCUGGGGAGGCUUCGGCGAGCACUAUGGGGAAAGCAUCUUCCUGGGUGGGAAUGAGAAACAGACUAUGCAGAACCUGAAUGAGCGCUUGGCUGCCUACCUGGACAAGGUCCGUGCCCUAGAAGCAGCCAACGCUCAGCUGGAGAGCUGCAUCCUAGAGUGGCACAGGACAAAGUCUCAUGGAAAGAGGCAUGACUUCAACCAGUACGAGCAAAACGUCACUGACAUGCAAAGACAGAUUGAGGAUAGCAAGAUCACCAAUGCCAGCAUCCUUUUACAAAUUGAUAACGCUAACAUGGCAACUGAAGACUUCAGGCUCAAAUACGAAGCCGAGAAGUGUCGCAGGCAGGGAGUGCAGCUGGAUGUGGAGAACCUGCGCAAGGAGCUCGACGGCAUGACAAUCAUUACCACAGAUCUGGAAAUGGAAAUUGAAGGCUUGAGAGAAGAGCACAUCCUCAGGAGGAAAGACCAUGAGGAGGAUAUGGAAGCCAAUCGUUCCUCACAAGACUUCAAAGUCAAUGUAAAAGUAAACGCUGCCCCUCCCGCAGACUUAGGCAAGAUUCUGGCAGAAAUAAGAGAAGAUUACGAGACCAUAAUUGAAAAGAAUCGUCAGAGCCUGGACAACUGGUACAAAGAACAGAGUGCAGCAAUGUCCCUAGCAGCAACCCCUAAUCCUGAGCAGAUCCAGCACAACGAGAACGAGACCAAGGAGCUGAGGAGGACUUUGCAGUCCCUGGACAUCGAGCUGCAGGCACAGAUUAGUAAGAAACACAUGCUGGAAGACACCUUGGCUGACACUCGGAAUUACUAUGCUGCUGCACUUCAAAACAUGCAGCAGAUCAUCUCCAGGUGUGAGGAAGAGCUAAGCCAGGUUCGUCAUGACAUGAAGCAGCAAAAUAACCAAUAUAAGGUUCUUCUUGGGAUCAAAACACGCCUGGAAAAGGAAAUUUCCACAUACCGCCUGCUGCUGGAAGGGAAUGCUGAUGGGACAGCAAGAAAAUCUGAAACUAAAGAACACUCUGAGCUGAGCAACCGAAAGCUCAAAGCGAUUGUCCACGACAGUGUGAACGGGGAGGUGGUGUCCUCCACUAUCAACGAGCUCCCCCCUCAAGCCUGAAUGAAGCUCUGCCAAGCAGCGGUAUUCCCGGCAGCAGCUCCCUCUGAACAGCGGUGCGCUGGCUCCCGUGUGUGCAGCAGGGAUCCUGUAGUGAACGCGCUUCUCUAUGAGCUGCAGCCUAACACUGCAAAGUGCCACACACAGCUGGGUAUAGCUGACAUUGGUAGUUUAAAGAGCUUUUAAAGAGCUUUUCACCAAAAAUGCUGAAGAAAAGAUGUUGAAUUAAAGUGACUGGCUGAGCUGGUGACAGAUGUAUUGUGCACAUCUCCCCAGGGCAGGAAUAUCUAUCUGGGAUUCAGUUAUCGCUAUGCAAAUUAGCUACAAUUUAAGGGGAAUAAUGUCUCAAUUUUUUUCCUGGUCUUAUGCCUCUCAUCAUAUACCUCACUACA